UAUGACUUUCGUUUCAUAUUAUGUGCAACAAUUGAAAUUUUUAUAAUAGUAUCUAAAAUUGUUAUACAUGAUGUGAAACGGAGGCAGUAUAUUAAAUUGAGGAAAUAUAGCUUUGUGAAAUAUAUUUGUCAUUAAUUGAACUUUGACAUAAUCAUUUUUUUUUAAUUAUUUUUUAUUUUUUAUUUUAACAACAGAGGAAAUAAGUUUUUUUAGUUACCUACCAUGGACAUAUUGGAUUCUUCAUGUGGACACCACUCAUUGAGGAAUUGAAGACUUAUCAAUAGCCCGUUGACCCGUUGACUUUCUCUCUAAGUAUACACUAUACAGUGAUAUACAGUGACCGUGACGAACUAAAGACUGAAAACUGAAAACCAGAAGGCUGAAAGUGAAGAGCAACGACAAGAAGCUAAAGCAUUCUUCAGAAACUCAUCAAUGGCGGCACAACUCACUUCCAGACUACUCCUUCAAACUCAUCACCAUCGUCAUCUUCCUUCCAUUUCUCGCUUUCUCUGCUCAGUCUCCCCAAACCCAUCUUCAUCUUCAUCUUCAACAGCAAAGCCAUCAAUUCCAUCUCUGCAACCAUCUCACGACGCAGAUUUAAUCUCCAACAUUCUAAUCGAACAUCACAACCCUUUUCACGCCAUGGAAUCCUCCCUUCAACUCUACGGUAUUUCUCUCUCUUCGUCUCUUCUUCACCAAACCCUAAUUCGUCUUUCCCACCUCUCAAAAAUCGCCCUUUCUUUCUUCUCUUACUCUCUCUCCUCUCACCCUUCUGCCAUUGAUGUCACCUCCUUCAAUAUAAUCGUCGAUAUCCUCGGGAAAGUUCGCCAAUUCGACGUCGUUUGGCAGUUGAUUCUUCAAAUGCAAACCCUAAACCUAAAACCCCAGAAUUCUACUUUUUUGAUCUUUAUUCGUCGUUUGAUUGCUGCUAAUUUUACCCGGCAAGCGAUUCGGGGGUUUGAUGAUAUGCCCUGUUUUACUGAAACAGAGGUUUGUAAAGAUGAUUUUGUGUAUGUGAUUGAUACAUUGUGUAAAUAUGGUUACGUUAGGGUUGCAAUGGAGCUGUUUAAUAAAAGGAAAUUCGGGUUCGAGGUUUGUGUUAAAGUUUAUGCUGUUUUGAUUGAUGGGUGGUGUAAGGUGAAGAGGGUUGAUAUAGGAGAAAGAUUGUUGAGAGAGAUGAUUGAUAAAGGGAUUGAACCUAAUGUAGUUUGUUACAAUAUAUUGCUUAAUGGGAUUUGUCGAAAAUCGAGUUUGCACCCGGAUGAUCGGUUUGAGAGGACGAUUCGUGCUGCAGAUAAGGUGUUUGAUGAAAUGCGUGAGAGAGGGAUUGAACCUGAUGUCACUAGCUACUCUAUUGUGCUUCAUGUGUGUAGCCGUGCUCAUAAGCCUGACUUGACUUUAGAUAGGUUGGAGGGGAUGAAGGCGAAGGGGAUUUGCCCAAGUGUGACUACUUAUACGUCGGUUGUUAAGUGUCUUAGUUCGUGUGGGAGGGUUGAUGAUGCUGAGAGGCUGCUUAAUGAGAUGAUUGAGAGUGGUGUUACACCGAGUGCUGUAACAUAUAAUUGUUUCUUUAAGGAGUUGAGAGGAAGAAAGGAUGCCGAAAAGGCUUUGGAGUUGUAUAGGAGGAUGAAGAAAGAAGGUGUGUGUGUUGCGAGCUUGCAUACGUAUAAUAUCCUCGUGCAAAUGUUUGUGAAGUUGAAUAACAUGGAGGUCGUUGAGGAGAUAUGGAAUGAUAUGAAAGAAGCCGGGGCUGGACCUGAUUUAGACUCGUAUACUGUAUUAAUUCAUGGUUUGGUCGAGAAAGAGAAAUGGAGGGAGGCUUGUGAAUAUUUCGUGCAGAUGAUUGAGAAAGGGUUUCUUCCUCAGAAGAUCACCUUUGAGAUGCUUUAUCGGGGGUUGAUACAAGCUGAUAAGCUGAGAACUUGGAGGAGGUUGAAGAAGAAACUUGACGAAGAGUCCAUAUCGUUUGGGUCCGAGUUUGAAGAUUAUCACCUUCAACCCUACAAGAGAUGAGAUUUGGAGAUGAUUUUGAGUUUACAGACUGAUGACAUGUGGUGCUACACUUGAAGAAAAAAGGGUAGACAAAAUAUAUAGGAUGCAGAUAUACAAGGGUGGCUUGUUCAAGACAGCUAUAGAGCAUAAAGAGAAAACAUGUUACUUCAGUCAGCAGGUUUGUCUUCUGAUUACUAUACCUGUUGCUCUUGAGCUAUUUCGAGGGUUGAUAAGAAGAAACUCGGCGAAGAGUCCAUAUCGUUUGGGUCCGAGUUUGAAGAUUAUCACCUUCAACCGUACAAGAGAUGAGAUUUCGAGAUGAAUUUUGAGGUCUGUGAUUCAUGUUGGAUAAAGUCUAUUAUGAGGCUUGUGAUCAAAAUGUGUGGUUGUAACCAUCUGGAACUGGAGAUUGAUUGUUAUGAAAAAAUUAUGGAAUGUGUUACCAUCUUCAGCGAUGUGUGUAUGACAGUCAUGAGCUGAUUCAAUGCUACAGUGUGAAGUAUACUAAAAGUGGCGAUCCAUGAUCACUGGUCAGAACGUGACUUUGGGGUUAUUCGAAAGGAGCUGAGGAUGGAACUUGGUUUCUAGGAAAAUAUUUGAAGAUCACGGCAAGAAACCCGGCUGAAGCUGAAGUAAUGGCUAUUAGAGGUGGAGUGGUGUUAGCUCUUGACUCGGGGUUGAAGAACAUCAUUAGUAGAAUUGGGUGCAAGCUCUUUGAAAAACACUCUGGAGGAUGUGGGAAAACAAGGAACAAUGAACAAGCUGCUAUUCUUGCUGAUAUAGGGGAAUUCUUCGAGAGAUGGCAACUUUAGGUUCAGCUAUGUGCCUAGAGAAGCAAAUUUCUUGGCUCAUUACCUUGUGAAUUAUGCUCUAAGCAUGAUGUCAAAAAAUGCUCUAAACAUGGAGGAGGAAGUGAAGAUACAUACAGGUGACCCUAAUUGCACCAAAGAUGCACUUGAUGAAGACUUCAGAUAUAAUAACCGUCAAUUACAGUAGAGGGCUCUGUUGCUCUUGUUUUUGGAUAUAUCUGACUUCUGUCUAUGGAAAAAAUACAGAUAGAAUACACUUGUGAUAAAAUGUUUUGUGAAGUACUUCCUCCGUUAUUAAAUCUUUACCCUGUUGUUAAUAUUUAGGCUGUCCUAAUAUAGUAAUAAUGGAUAGGUUGGAUUUGUCUUAUUAUAAAAUUGAUUAAUAUCAAGUUUUAUAAAUUUUAUGCAUACAAAAACAGAGAUAGUGGGUUCGCUUGGACUAUGCUAUGUAUGAAUGAUCUUUUAUAUUU